GGCUCGCUUUUUGAUGGGUAUAUAAUUUGGAUUUUGAAGAGAGCGCGGUGCACAUGUAGAAAGAGAAAGGGCUUUAGUGAGGAAUAGGAUUAGAGAAAAGCAGCAUAAGCCCUUAAGAGUUAAGAGUUCCUUUUUCUCUGUAAUAACAAUAAUGUGAAUAAUUGUUACUGUUAAUAUUGUUAUUAUUGCUUAGUGUUUCAGAUCUGUGUCAUAUUAAGCACAGCCGAGGUUGCAAGCAAGGUGGGGUGUUUUGCUGAAUGUGGUAGCCGACGCUUUCUUAUGGCGUCUGAAACGGCGUCGUCCGCGGAUGAAGAAACCGUUCCUGUUUCAGCUGCGGGUGCAGGAGGAAUUGAUAAGAGAGGCAGACACCGGAUUCUUGCUGAAUUGAAGCGUCUCGACCAAGACUCCAAAUUUCUUCAAGAAGAACUGGAAGAGCUUGAGAAAACAGAAAAUGUAUCCACCAUAUGCACGGAUGCAGCUUGCUACAAAACAUGGAAAGUAGGCCUGAUCCACUACUCCCAGAGUAAAUGGCUAUAUUACAGUCCAUGGACCUGUAAACCUCUUAUGGGAUAGAUGGUUUGAAGGGCCUCAAGAUCCACAAGCAUGUAGAUGUUGGAUACUUUGAUUUAAAGCUGUGUCAAUUGCCUUGCCUUGAAAAUAGGAUGCCAUGCCAUGCCACAUGUAACUACAUUAAAGUGACUCUGCAAGUGAACAAAAUGCUUGAUCACAUCUUAUACCACGCACACUAAUUCUUUUACGGCUCCUUCCUUUCAUUACAUUACAUUACAUUAUGAUGAAUACUGUUAAUGUCUACUCACAUUCAUUAACUGUAAUCAACGGAGAACUGUUAUUAUUAUUGCUU